AUGACCUCGUCGCGGGACUCGCUGAUCUACACCGACCGACCUCAGCGAGCUUGGAAUCCACUUGAAUUCUCCAGGGACCCAGAUUACCGCUAUCAUUCCGCAUCAGACAGCACCUGGUCUGAAGAAGUCCUGCGCGACGUAGGCUUGGGAAUAUCGGGGACGUCAGAAGAGACCAUUCGUACCACCGAUCAGCGUGAUUCAACCGAUAGUACUGAGACUACGACGCCCCGCGAUGCUUAUCAGGUCCCGCCGUCUCCACAGUCUCCGCCCCCACACGGCUACGUGCGAUGUCCCAAUCGCGCAACGGUCCUCCAAAAACGCCUCUCGUGGGUCCCGCUGACGGUUUUGAUUCUUGCGAUCUAUGCUACCGUGUUUUCGGGUCUAUAUCUCGCUAUCGCCUUGCGCAAACCCCGAUGGACCAAUGUCUCCAGCGAUGGGCCGUUGGUUCCAUCAACUGCGGCUCUGUUGAGCGCCUUCUUCGCGAAGACGAUUGAGUUGGCUUAUGUCACGGUUUGUGUGGCGUUCUUGGGACAGGUGUUGAGUCGAAGGGCUUUGAUGAGGGAUUCCCGAGGAAUCAGCAUCUCGGAUAUGAAUAUGAGGGCAUGGAUCAUGCAGCCAGGAUCGAUGAUUGUGCAUUGGGAGGCACUGCGAUAUUCGGGGCUUACUUUCCUGGGGGCGAUUGCCUUAGUUGCGACUUUCGUGGCGAUGCUUUAUACCACUGCAGCGCAGGCUUUGGUUACUCCGAAGCUCUCCCUUGGCCCUGCGGAGCCAAGAAUACUCCAGGGCAAGGUGACUGCUAGUUAUGGAAACAACCCAUAUCUUGCCUCAGUCUGCGAGACACCGAUCACCAAUUACACGGAUCCUUUGUAUUGGAACACCACAUGCCUCCAAAUCGAACACGUUGGCACCGCAUAUCACAAUUAUGAACGAUGGAUUAAUGAAUGGAGCCAGCGCGUGAAUAACGAUAGUAAGACGUCGACCGAACUCAAAAGGCGCCCACAGCCAUCAGGUUCAAUCUGGGACAACACCACAGUUACUGGAAGCUGGAUCGAUAUCCAAGACAUGGCCACACUAUCCAAGAAAUACGGCCGAAUGGUCAACAAUAUAACCAUGGCAAUGCCACACGGCGGCAUCCCCGGAGCAGCCAUGGACCCCAAAAAUAAAAUCAAACAGCCCAGAGCCACCUCCGGCGAAGGCACAUACAACAUCGAAGCCUCAGUCCCCUCGCCAGCAGUCAACAUUCUCUGCGUCGGAAUGACCAAAGAAGAGCUCAGCCCACUAGUCUACGCAUCCUGGCCAGGAGGCAGCAAAUUCAACCCGACCGCCUGGAACAACUACCCAGAAGAGGACAUCCCUCGCUACCCAUCCUGGCUAAACCGCACAGUCGUCGACGAGCUCUUCCAGUUCGGCCCGAAAUACGGCCAAGUCCCUCCAGUCUUCGGCAAAUUCCCGCAACCGUACAACACAAUCCUCAAUACCACCGGUGCAUGGCCCGCAAACGCAAUCUACCUCCUAGGCGCCACGGCAUCAGAACACAAAGAGAUGCCACCAUACGUGAUGUGCGCAAUGCGCGGGAAACAGACAGGCAAAUGUUCAACCAAGUACUCCGCAGACUCCAGCGGAGCAGUCCUCAGCGUAAGCUGCGAAGACCCACAGAACGAAAUGCAAUACGACCGACGUUUCAACGGAUUCAUCGAGGGACUGUGGAACCCGGACUGGAAGAAUGUUGCCGCGGAGUGGGCGAAUGCUGUCAGUCUCAACUCGGGUAUCACCGACGGCGCAGCGAGUAACGCCCGUUUGCUGAUGCAGAUGAUGCCGCGGUACGAGGAAGAUAAGAAGACAUUCUCGCUGGACCCGGUCCUCCCGUCCAUGGCUGAGGCACUGGCCGUUAUGGCGGGGAGCACGCUAAUUCUGAGUUCGCGGGAUGCGCCGUUCGUGGCGUAUUGGAACUAUACCGUUAACGGGCAUCCACUCAAAGAGCCUGUGUACCAGUUUUUUGAGGCUACUACCCAGGCUGUUGGGUAUGCUUCCGGUGGGACGGAGCGGUGGCAAGGUGUUUUCUAUGUGAUUCUGGUGUUUUGCUUCUUGACCAGUGCCGUGUGUCUUGGAUUUAUGAUUAUUGAAGCGCGUGGACGCCAGGUGACUGAUUUCACAGAGCCGCAGAAUUUGUUUGCGCUUGCUAUGAAUAGUCCCCAGACGGCGCAAUUGCAGGGUGCCUGUGGAUGUGGACCGUGGGGGAAGCAGUUGAAGGGGAGGUGGUUUAUUGGCAUGGCGGAGGAUGAUGAACAUUAUUACAUUCGGAGUAAGAAUGAGGAGAAUGUACCGUUUAAGAGUACAAUGGAUUCCAGCCCGGAACCGAUGGAGAUGGAUGAUGGCACUGGCAAGAUGGUCAGUCCUAUGGUCAAUGAGUUCCGGAAGGUGUCGAAGCGGCAUUCGUUUUUGGCGAAGCUUUAUUGA